GUCAUCUCAGGUCUGCUACCUAACCUGCUCCUCUCUGCUUGGCUGCCAAGCCUUGCUUCACCAACCCUUGCUUACUUCAAGCCCUCAACGCAGGGUCACCUUGAUGGUUUUGAUGCAGGCUAGCCAACCCUUGCUUUCCAGAAGUUUUGGAGAUUGCAGCAGCGGUUCGUGUUCUCAUGCACUGAUCUGUAAGUUUACUACUCUGCAAGGUCCAAAAUUAACUUGUUCGUUUCUUCCCCACCUUUCAAAGCUUUCUGAUUGGAGCACCAAAUUAAUCCAUACAAACUUAUAUUUCAGAUCCAUGCGUGCUAAGUUUGAAUAGGGAUAUCAAGGUUUUAAUUUUGGACAAUUCUGGUCGCAGCCUAGGAAGCGUUCAGUGCCUGAUGAAAGUGUUUUCCAUAAUGAAUAUAGUAUACCAUUCCUGUAUUGUCAAUCUAUAUAAAAUUUUAGAUAUUGCUAAUAAGAAUUAAAAAAAUUUGACUUAGUACAAACUUAGAUGACUUAUAUUCUGAUCGGAGGAAGUAGCUUGCUUUUUCUAUGACUGUAUUGACUAUUUGUGAUAUUCAAAAGGUAAUUUUUUUCUUUAAAAGAUCCAAAAGGUAACUUAGGCCACUAUUGUUAGGGUGUCUCCAACAAUCCAUGCCAGCUAGCUUUAAGGAAACCCACAUAAGAUUUAGGGCCAUAUGGAUUCUAAAGUUAAUGAAUAGUAGAAAGAAUGUCUAUAGCGCUUUUCAAGAUGCAUGCAUGCUUCUAUUCACCCUAUUAUAUGUGGAUCCUCGUUGAAUCCAUUGGAGGAUUAUCUGCGUAUUAUGCUAUCUAUAUAUUAUAUUUGGACAAAUCUUUUACACACACACACAUGCUAUUCUACAUCUUAGUUGUAGCUACACCCAACUAAUUACUGAACAAAUUUUCAGUAAUAACUACUGCGCGCGAUUACUAAAACUGAACAUUGAACAUGAUUUAGUAAUUCGGCAACUUGGUUCAGUAAUUUUUGAUCAGUUCGGUCACUAAUUUGACUGCUAGGUAUAGAAUACAUGCUACACCUAAGGUGUAGAAUAGUAUUACCGUAUAUAUGUAUAUAUAAUAUAAUAUAAUAUAUAGCUAGUAGCUGACUCUAUUGUUGGAUAUGCUCUUAUAACUUUAUUGUCAAUGCAUAGCAACAAAAUGUCAUGUUAUGAAAGCACAACCAAAUUUUUAAUAUAGCUUCCAUGUAGCUCUUCAUAGGGAGUCUUAAACAUAUUCAUGGUCAAACUUAUUCAUGGUCAGACUCUUGAAGAUUGAGAAUUUUCAUGAUUCCAGAACAUCAGGUGUGAGCUUAGGGAGUACCUUUCCAAAAAUGCCAUAUCAAAUAUUGUGUCUUACAGGAAUCCUGUAUUCAGAACUUUUGUAAUUUCCUUUAUUUUUCCCUUGUAAAAGGACGUUGUACUAGCAUUGGUGCCAUCAUAAGUAAGCGCCAAGAUGGAUGAUGUAUUUAGUGUACAUGUUAACUUGGAGACUGUAUUGCAAGAUCCAAAUGAAGAACCAUGUAUCAUACCAUUACAAUAUUUGAGAGAUAUCACAAAUAAUUUUUCUGGUGAUCAAGAACUUGGUAGAGGCGGUUUCGGUGUGGUAUAUAAGGGAGUGUUACCAAAUGGAAAAAUGGUUGCUGUGAAGAAUCUUCUGUCAAUAUCGUUGUGCCACGAAAGAGAAUUUAAAAAUGAGGUUGACAAUUUAAUGAAAGUUAGACAUAAAAAUAUAGUAAGGUUUGUGGGAUAUUGUUGCGAAACACAGCACAAAUACACAACAUAUAAUGGAAUAAAUGUUUUUGUGGAUAUGCCUAAAAGGUUGCUUUGCUUUGAAUACAUGACCAAUGGAAGUCUUGAUAAGUAUAUUUCAGAGGAAUCUUGCGGACUUGAUUGGAAUGAACGCUACAAAGUAAUUAAGGGGAUUUGUUGUGGUUUACAUUACCUUCACAAUGAAUGUGAAAUAAAUGGCUCUGUUAUUCACUUGGACCUAAAACCUGAGAACAUAUUGCUUGAUGACAAUAUGAUGCCAAAAAUUGCUGAUUUUGGUUUAGCAAGACACUUUAGCGACAAAAAAACUCAAACCUGUGCCACAUCUCUUGUUGGAUCGAAGGGUUACAUGGCACCGGAAUACAUAUGGGAAAGUAUAAUCUCGCCUAUGGCAGACAUAUACAGUUUGGGAGUAAUAAUUAUAGAGAUAAUAACAGGGCACAAAUAUGGGCCUUCUGGUACUGAAACAUUCUGCAGGGACUUUGUUGAACCUGUACUUCAAAAUUGGAAAAAGAGGGAAGCAGCACCCAAGUAUGCAUCACUAGAAACAGAUUACCAACAGAUAGAGAUUUGCCUUGAAAUAGGCAUAACUUGCACUGAUUUUGACCGAAGGAAAAGGCUGACAAUAAAUAAAAUUAUCGAGAUUCUUAAUACGUGGGAAAGCACACAUUGCUAUGUUGGCGAGGAGAGCAGGCCACAUGCAAGCCAGGUAGCACACAAGCCAAAGGAGUUGCUUGAGAUCACCCCUCUUGAGCUCUACUUUUCCUUGGAGCGGAACAAGCGGGUGCCCUGCAUCGUAAAGCUAACCAACAAGACUGACAACUAUGCUGCAUUUUAUUUUGGGGUUACCAAGGCCAAAAACAACUACCUUAUUGAACCGACCAGUGGCCUUCUGCUGCCACUGUCCACUUCUUUUGUACGUGUAACAAUGGAAGAAGAUCAUGAGGCGGCAUCAUGGGACUUGCUGUGCGGCGAUGAAUUCCUUGUGCAGAGCAUCGCAGUGUGGGGGUAUACCGCCAUACCCAAGCCCAUCACUGCAGAUAUGUUUGACGGUAUGCGGAUCGACAUGGUGCAAAAGGUAAGGCUGACGGUUGGUUACACGCCAAUACAAACACCGUCCAGAAGCCUUCUGUCCGACUACCCGAGUUCCGGUGCCCCAUCUGAGGGUAAUUCCCAGGACCAAGAAAUGGAUUAUAUUGAAGCGCCUCAGGGAGCUGAAGGGAUCUCUCAAACGCUGACUGGGACAGAGAGUGCAAGAUUUGGAAUUUGUCUAGAUGAUAUGGCAGAGUCUGAAAUCAUCUGGGAAGAAGUUGCCAUUGGAGAAAGACUUGGGCUGGAUUCUUUUGGAGAAGUGUUCAGAGGGGAAUGGCAUGGACUAGAAGUCACAAUCAAGAGAUUCUUGCAACAAGAUAUUUCAAGUGAUGCUUUCGAAGCAUUUAGAAGUGAGGUGGGAAUAAUGAAAAGAUUGCGUCAUCCUAAUGUUGUUCUUUUCAUGGGGGCUGUCACUCGUGUACCUCAUCUAUCCAUCGUGACUGAAUUUCUUCCAAGAGGUAGCUUAUUUCGGUUGAUCCAUCGGCCCAAUAACCAGUUGGAUGAAAGAAGGCGUCUAAGGAUGGCACUUGAUGUGGCCCGUGGCAUGAAUUAUUUACACAAUUGCACCCCUGUCAUAGUUCACCGAGAUUUGAAGUCUCCAAAUCUACUUGUUGACAAAAAUUGGGUUGUGAAGGUUUGCGAUUUUGGUUUAUCACGUAUAAAGCAUAAUACCCUCCUCUCCUCAAGAUCCACAGCCGGAACAGCGGAGUGGAUGGCACCAGAAGUACUUCGAAAUGAACCAUCAGAUGAGAAGUGUGACGUUUUCAGCUAUGGGGUCAUAUUAUGGGAACUUUGUACAUUACUACAGCCAUGGGAAGGUAUGAAUCCCAUGCAGGUUGUUGGAGCUGUUGGUUUUCAGCACCGACGACUUGAUAUUCCAGGCAGUGUGGAUCCUGCUGUAGCAGAGAUAAUCAAGAGAUGCUGGCAGACGGAUCCAAGGUUGCGGCCAUCAUUUUCAGAGAUCAUGGCUGCUUUGACACCAUUAUUGUGCUAACCAACCUACCAGAAAGCGGACACAGCAAACAGAUGAUUAAGAAAAUGGUGGUUAGUAUCAGCUGACGACACAAACCAAAAAGAGAGUGCAUUGGUCUGUCUUGCCUUCCCGGCUUCAAGCAACUGACCAUCUGUAACUAUUACCAUUGUUUUGUACAGUACGUCAAAUGCAUAUCUGAUGAAAAAACAGGCGAAAUGUUGGUCCCUUUGGCCUCAAAAUACACAAUUAGGUUCUCCAUUGAAGCCAGAGGAGUCUAUCCAUCUGCCAAAAGCCAACCCAAAUAACACAGUUCAAUCGAACAAAAAGAAAACAAAGGGGGAAACGAAGUUGGUGAAGUUGACAUGCCAGGUAAACCAGGUCAUAGGCCUUACUUUUGUUAGUCCUCGACCUAAUGGAGUAUUCAUCUUUAAGGACCCAUCAAACUGUAAUGUUCUUCGACAGAAAGGUCAUUUCGCCCUUAGCUUCAAUCUCGAGUCUCACUUGCAGGCCCAUGUGUAUAUCACAUCCCAACAAAUUUGAUGUAAUUGGCAAUUAGAUUACAAAAGAACAUCUGUUGUUUUGCACUUAAAAUCACCAUUCUUGACAGGGGGAAAGCUGCCGAGCCUCUCUUCUUUUAUUCUUUUUCUUUGUGUACAACAAAUGACAUAUUGAGAGUAGGAGUAGACCACUAACUGAGACUCCAGCAAGCUGGUGCAACUGUGCAAGGUUUUAACACAAUGGGUUGUGCCCUGAAUCGAA